AUGGAUCGCAGCCAAGUAUCACCGGGCGCGAACGACGCCCAAGAACGUGGCAUCGGCCACAUCGUCGAUGGCGUUACAUGGCCCUUCACCGCCCUUGCCAUCCUCAUGGUCGGCCUCCGGUUCUACGUGCGCAAGCGCUUCAACAAUGCCUGGCUCUCCGACGACUGGAUUAUGGCCUUGGCCGUGGUCUUCAACACCAUCUACCAAGCCUUCCUUACCACCUCGGUUUGGUACGGCUACGGGAAACCGCGAGUCACCAUGACCCCUGACGCCAUGGCCAGCGCCUUCUUCUAUCAGCAUGCUUGCAUCACCUGGGCGCAGCUGGCCGACGUCCUCGCGAGAAUCUCCAUCAGCAUCCUCCUCAUCCGCAUUUUUGGCGUUGCCAGGCCGUGGUUUAAGUGGUUGCUGAUAUCCUUUACCACGCUGCAGGCCAUAGUCAGCACAAUCUCGGUCGUGCUAUCGUGGACUGAGAAAUGGCCUGUUGAGUCGAUAUGGGACUUCCGGAUCGUCGGCCGCCAGCGUAUCGACUUUCGGGUUCAGCAGUAUACCAGCUUGGUAUCACAAUUCGUCAUCGCCAUUACCGACCUCACCUUCGUCCUCUUCCCCGUCAUCUUCAUAACCUCGCUGUGCAUGCCGUUGCAUCGCAAACUGGGUAUCAUCGCCCUCAUGGCCGCAACCCUCGUCGCCACAGCAGCCGCCGUUACCAAGAUUGCCAUUGUACUCCUGGUCAUGGAGGGCAAGAUCGGGCUCACGACCGGUCACGGCGCGUCCAUCUACAUCACGAGCGGCAUCGAGCAGAGCCUAGUCAUUAUCAUGGGCUGCAUCCCUGCCCUGGGCCCCAUGAAGAAGCUCCAGCUUCACCUCAAGUUCAGCCGCCUCGGCCAGUCCAUCGUCAGCCUGCUGAGCGGCGGCUCGUCCCGGUCCGCCAGCAGCACCAAGAGCAAGGGCAGCGGCCUGCCAGAAAAGGACCUCGGCCUCGGCCGUACGUCAAGCAAUUACAACAACCCUGCGAAUGCCACCUGGCCGAAUCACGAUACCACUGCGGAGCAGAAUGAGAGCUUUAACGCUGCGGGUUCUCUCGAGGCUUCCCACCCCGAGACUCGUAGUGGGAAGGGGAUUGUGCAGACGAGCUCGUUUGCCGUCAUUUAUCAACAAGACAAUAACGGUUCGCUGAGCCAGUGA